AGAAACAUAACAGUGCGCUCGCAACCUUGGCAGUUUGUUCAGUCUUUUCCGUUUAGCAAAACGCGAAGUUAACAUGUCUUUACAAGAUCGACGUAACGAAGAGUGGGACAAGAAUGGCCCUGCUAGUGAAGAAAAGGAAUUACAGGGAUAUGACGGUCCACCAGGAAUGGACCCCGAUGGCAUCAUCGAGUCCAACUGGGAGGAAGUGGUCGAUAAUUUCGACGACAUGAACCUGAAAGAGGAACUGUUGAGGGGUAUCUACGCCUACGGUUUCGAGAAGCCUUCUGCCAUCCAGCAACGUGCAAUUAUCCCCUGUAUUAAAGGACACGACGUCAUAGCCCAGGCCCAGUCUGGUACCGGUAAGACUGCCACAUUUUCCAUUUCCAUCCUCCAGCAAAUCGACACCUCGGUGCGGGAAUGCCAAGCACUGAUUCUGGCGCCCACUCGGGAACUGGCCCAACAGAUCCAAAAGGUAGUGAUCGCCCUGGGGGAUUUCAUGUCGGCGCAAUGCCACGCCUGCAUCGGCGGCACCAACGUUCGGGAGGACAUGAGAAAACUGGACACGGGCGUGCACGUGGUGGUGGGCACGCCCGGCAGGGUGCAGGACAUGAUAAAUCGCAGAGCUUUAAGAGCGAACCACAUAAAGAUGUUUGUGCUAGACGAGGCGGACGAGAUGUUGUCCAGGGGGUUCAAGGACCAGAUCCACGAUGUAUUCAAAUUGUUAAAUUCCGACGUCCAGGUCGUCCUGCUGUCCGCCACGAUGCCGACGGACGUGCUCGACGUCACAAAGUCCUUCAUGAGGAAUCCCGUCAGGAUCCUGGUUAAGAAGGAGGAACUCACCCUGGAGGGUAUCAAACAGUUCUUCGUGUACGUGGAACGGGAGGACUGGAAGCUGGAGACGUUGUGCGACUUGUACGAUACCUUGUCGAUUGCGCAGGCCGUGAUCUUCUGUAAUACCAGGCGUAAGGUCGACUGGCUCACGGAGAACAUGCACAAAAGGGACUUUACCGUGUCGGCCAUGCACGGCGACAUGGAACAGAGGGAGCGUGACGUCAUCAUGCGUCAGUUCAGGACGGGGUCUUCGAGGGUCCUUAUCACCACCGAUCUGCUCGCCAGGGGUAUCGAUGUACAGCAAGUGUCACUAGUUAUAAAUUACGAUUUGCCAUCGAAUAGGGAAAACUACAUUCAUAGGAUCGGACGUGGCGGAAGGUUCGGCCGUAAGGGGGUAGCUAUAAAUUUUGUAACGGAGGAGGACAAACGCACGCUUAAGGAUAUCGAGCAGUUUUACAAUACAAAGAUUGACGAAAUGCCAAUGAAUGUGGCGGAUCUUAUCUAAACCGUGUUGCUGUGUGUACGACGACGUUUCCUGAAGGUCAUAUGGUGCAGCAACAAACACCUCUGGGCACCAGUUUUUGGAAAUAAAGAUCUAAAUUCCAUUUUAAUUUCAA